AUGAAGUAUUUACCACUUGUUGUUAUUGUCUUAGUUUUUUUAUCACUAUCAGAGGGUAAAAUUUGCCCACUCGAAGACCAUUAUGUUUGUAAUAAGGAUGUAUUUAAACAUUCUUGUGUAUGUGCUUUAAUAAGAAAUGAGAAUCCUGCUCCAGAAAAAAGUUGUAAUUUGGUCGCAAACAUCGUUGACAAUGAAUUUGAAGCUUCCUCAAUUACAUUUAAUUUAGACGACUCCUCUGAACAAUUUAAUACUUUUCCAGAAGUGGCCUUUAAAAAAGAAGUUUCCUCGGCUCUUAAAGUUAAAGUGAGUGAUAUUGUUAUUGUUCGUUUACGAUGUGCUGAUAGUGAUAAGAAGUUGACUGUCCAAUUUCUUAUUCUUAAAGAAAAUAGUACAGCCAUGCAAAUUAAUGUUUCCACUUUAAAAACUGUUUUAAUUUCAGAUGAAGAUGAUAAUGACGAUGAUGAGGUUAGCAAAGGUGAUGAUAAAAAAGAAAGUGACAAAAAUGAUUCAAAUGAAGAAAGUGAAAAUAGUGUAGAUAAUACAGAAGAAAAUAGUAACAGUGAUAAUAAAGAUAUAUCUGUUGAUGAGGAAAAAGACAGUGAUAAAGACGAUGUUAGUGAAGAAUUAAAUGAUGGUAUUGUCAAGAAUAAGAAUGAAGAUGAAGAAGACGACGAUGAUGAUGAUGAUGAUGACGAAAAUAGUGACGAAGAUGAUGAAACUGAGGAAGAUAAAGAUGGAUCUGCUGAAGCAACAUUAUAUAAACAAAAUGAUUUUAUUGAUUCUGAUAUUAUUGUUAAAAAAAUGAAAACAAUGGGACAUAUGUCACAAAUAGCUGAACUAGAUGUAGAAGAAAUUGAAGUAGUUAAAAAUCUUUAUUCAAUUGAAAGUGAUAAUAGUAAUUUCAUUCUUUUUGUUCAAGCUAUUUUCCUUGUCAUUGCCGUUAUAUUGACAUGUAUUUGUGGAUGCUGGAUGUCAUGUAAAAAAAAUGACUAUUCUGAUGACCUUCAAAAAGUUUAA